ACUGUGCUUACAGGUACCUAAGGUUAGGUACUCUCCAAGAGUUACGAACAGCUCAUUGUGCCUUAACGCUACCUAUUGCUUUACCUGUACAUUACCUUAUUCUCGAAUUUGCCCUCACCAACCCGGCUUCUAUCAAUCAAAGCCGCCCACGACUUUGACUGAAUCACGCCCUCGUUGCCUAACUCUGAUCCAUUCACAACAUUAACAAUGACGUCUCAGGCCGAUUACAAGGACAGGCAGUUCUUAGCUGUCAUUGGCGACGAGGACUCAGUCACAGGUUUACUGCUAGCAGGAAUAGGUCAUGUCACGAACCCCCCGGACUCUCAGAAGAACUUCCUAGUUGUCGACAGCAAGACAGAGACGUCAGCCAUCGAAGCCGCCUUUGAUGCCUUUACCACACAACGAAAAGAUAUCGGCAUCGUAUUGAUCAAUCAGCACAUCGCUGACAAGAUCAGACAUCGAAUCGAUACCUACACGUCUGCCUUCCCUGCCCUACUCGAGAUCCCUAGUAAAGAACAUCCUUACGACCCUGAGAAGGACAGUGUGCUAAGAAGGGUACGACGACUCUAUGGGGAGUAGAUAUUUAUUUGAAAGGGGUUUUACAGCAUCCAUUAUUUUCCACACAUAGGAUAAGGGCGGGAUUUGUAUUAUAGCCGUCAUUCUCAAGCAUGAUAGGUUUCACGAUAUCCAAAUAACAAAGGUCUCAGACCAUGCAUGAUUCAAGAACUCAAAUAUUCCCUCACAGGGGGUAUCAUUGCAUAUGCGCGACUAAUGCUAAAAUCAUCUCAUUAAGUUGGCGUUACCA